UCACACUAAAGAUGACCCCACUGGUUCCCAUGGUGUCCGGCUCGCAAAUCCGGCUCUUUGCUUGCUUCCGUCGGCUGGGCACCCCACAGACUGGCCUACUUCAGCUGCACACAGGAGCUAGCUGUGUAGCCAAGAACUACUAUGAGGUGCUGGUGCUGGGUGGGGGCAGCGGUGGCAUCACCAUGGCUGCCCGCAUGAAGAGGAAAGUAGGUGCAGAGAAUGUGGCCAUUGUGGAGCCCAGUGAGAGACAUUUCUACCAGCCAAUCUGGACACUGGUGGGUGCUGGUGCUAAACAGUUGUCUUCAUCUGGUCGACCCACAGCGAGUGUGAUUCCAUCUGGAGUUGAAUGGAUCAAAGAGAAAGUGGUUGAACUUAACCCAGACAAGAACAGUAUCCACACAGAUAAUGGCAAGGAGAUCUCCUACAAAUAUCUUAUUAUUGCUCUUGGAAUACAGCUGAACUACGAGAAGAUUAAAGGUCUACCAGAAGGUUUUGCGCACCCCAAAAUAGGGUCCAAUUAUUCAGUCAAGACAGUCGAGAAGACAUGGAAAGCUCUGCAGAAUUUCAAGGAGGGCAAUGCCAUAUUUACCUUCCCAAAUACUCCAGUGAAAUGUGCCGGAGCCCCACAGAAGAUCAUGUAUUUGUCAGAAGCCUACUUCAGGAAGACAGGGAAGCGGCCCAAGGCUAAUAUAAUUUUCAACACUUCUCUUGGAGCAAUUUUCGCAGUGAAGAAGUAUGCAGAUGCCCUGCUGGAGAUCAUCCAGGAGAGGAACCUCACCAUUAACUACAAGCAAAACCUCAUUGAAGUCCGUGCUGAUAAACAAGAGGCUGUUUUUGAGAAUCUGGAUAAACCUGGCGAGACCCACGUGGUUUCAUAUGAAAUGCUCCAUGUCACACCACCAAUGGGCCCUCCAGAUGUCAUCAAGACGAGUCCCAUGGCUGAUGCUGCUGGCUGGCUGGAUGUGGAUAAAGAAACACUGCAGCACAAGAGAUACCCUAAUGUGUUCGGGAUUGGGGACUGCACCAACCUUCCUACGUCAAAGACUGCUGCCGCAGUGGCUGCUCAGUCAGGAAUACUUGACCAAACAAUUUCUCUGAUUAUGAAGAACCAAAUACCAAUGAAGAAGUAUGACGGCUAUACAUCGUGCCCACUGGUGACUGGCUACAACCGUGUGAUUCUUGCAGAGUUUGACUACAACGCUCAGCCUCUGGAAACAUUCCCCUUUGACCAGAGCAAAGAGCGUCUUUCUAUGUACCUCAUGAAGGCCGACAUGAUGCCUUUCCUCUAUUGGAAUAUGAUGCUCAGGGGAUACUGGGGAGGACCAGCCUUUCUGCGGAAGUUGUUCCAUCUGGGUAUGAGUUAAGGAUGGCUCAAAUCUUGCUCCCCUUGGAUGGCAUCUGGACCAAAAGCACACUCACCAAUUGACCAAGAGUAGCACGAAGGACUUGGAACCUUACCCUGCAAAGAGUUUACUCUGGACAAUGGUGACCAGAUGCCUCCUUUAUCAGUGUCUCUACACAGCCACCAUGUGGACUGCCCAGGAGGCACUUGAUUCUUUGGAAGCACUCAAGUAAAAAAGCAGACUUCUAUUUUCUGAAUAAAAGUUUGUC